AGAAAACUAUUUAAUAGGCAUAAACUAACCAAUCUUAGAAAAUAGCUUCUCUAUAAAUCACAUUAUCAAAGAUGUUAUAUGAUCGCUAGAAUUUAUAUAUUGACCAGUUAAUAUAACAUCUGAACAAUACUUGCUUAUUUUUAGCUUGGAAAAAAUAGUAAGGAGUGCAGAUGUCAUGACUCUAACGCUAAUGGCUUGUUAUGAAGCUAUGUGUCGUGUUGCUGAAGAAUGAGGCGUUAGGACGAAACAAUUUGAGUAGAGACAUCAUCGACCAUAUCGACGUAUGAAGAGUGCAGCCACUUCAAGAGUCGCAGUGACCGACCAAUUUGAUUGCCACGUAUUAAUCACUACAUUUAUUUCGGCAGAGAAAUCAAGGCGGUGGUACUGAUAACUUUAGGAUUUCUAUAAAUCAAUUCCAUCACUUCUUGAUCAAUAGCUCGUUCUUCAAAAAGUAUCACAAGAUAUUAACGAAGGAAUAAAGGAUUUUUAGGGUAUUGCUCGUUUUGGUUUUGAACCAAGAAAGCAGCGAUGGCUAAUAAGAAGUUUGUCACAUUCUUCUUCUUCCUUGUUCUUCUCAUUGUUCCCUUCGUUUUUAUAGCCACUGCGGCUCCUGGAAGAAUAAGAGGUAUGGAGGUAUACUGUCGGAGUAGAUGCAGAGGAAGGUGUGCUAAGGCGGGGUUUCAAGACAGAUGUCUCAAGUAUUGUGGCAUUUGUUGCAGACAAUGUAAGUGUGUUCCUUCCGGUACCUUUGGCAACAAGCAUCAAUGCCCUUGCUAUCGAGACAAGCUUAGCUCCAAGGGGAAACCCAAAUGCCCUUAAUCCAAUUUUGUUUCCUUGAUUAAGCACUUUCACAAAUAAUACAAUACAUGCAUUUGCAUGCAUGCACUUUGUCUUAGUUAUAGUUAUAGUUGGCUAAGUUUUUGAAUGCUUCUUAAAUUCCUUUCUCGUAUCAAGCUUUGAAGUAUAUCUAUAUAUGAUAUGAGUAUUAGUUUUGUCCCCAGAGGAGUUAUAUACUGUGAAAAUCUUGAAAGUUAUGUAUGGAUUAGAUUCCAUAAGUGAAAGGCAAUUAAGAAAAUAUUGGUCUGACGUGAAGAUAGUUGGUUCAGCUAAUUACAGAAAAAAAAUGUUUUGGUUUAGUUGUAUCUCAGUUCUAGUAGUUCAAAUAGUAAUGCUUAUAACAAAUCAUUUUAUAUUUUUUGUGAAAGUAAUAAGUAUUUUAUAAAAAUUCGAUUCUGGACUUUUGACUCCUGAAAGGUUAACCGAAUACCUACUUGUAAUUGUUUGGAUACCAACUUGUUGAAUUACUUAGUUGGGUUCCUUGUCAGAAUCUAAAUCCACUAUAUGUUUGGUUGACCAAUAUGCUCUUCGGGUUCAUACUCUCAACUUUUAUUUUUCAAAGUUUGGUGCUAAUAGAAUUUGAUUAGUAAAAUGAAUUAAAUAAAAAGGUUGUUUAUUUGAUUACAAGGACAAGCAUUUCUUCUUUAACAACGACCUAGUACUAGAGAGUUACACGUGGUACUGAAUGUCCCUACCAUCGGAUUUUUUAGUAUACAAAUGCAUCAAUAUUAAUUUUACAAGACAAAUUUAAUGUUUUUCAUCGCCCAAUGAACUUUUAUACUUUAAAAUGAGCCCUACCUUAGCUGUAACCACUAUCGCACUGAAAAAGUUAACGCGUAUGCGUUUUUUUUUUCUCUUCUCCUCUUUGCUCUUUUGACCAUUCCAAACGAAUUUUAAAGACAUUCACGUGCUGCUUGUCCUUCUAUAUCUCACGCUUCAAACGUUAAUAAGAUAUCACAUCAACUAUGUUCAGAUUACUUGUAAUUAAUUGUUGAUUACAAUUUCGUUUUCAUGACCUUAAGUGAAGGGUAUGGUUCAACUUGUUAAAUUUGACAAAGAACCUUUCCAACAUAACUAGCCGAUAACAAAUAAGAAUCUGACUAGUUCCAAAUGUGAACUAGCGUGAUCGAAGAAACAGCCAAUGCGAUCUUGAUUGGGGUUAAGGCCGGUCUUGGGCAUAGGCCAUCAAACAUUGGCCUAUGAACAGUAUAUUCCUAUAUGGUUCGGGCUGGUUUAAAACUUGACCGGUCCUGGGCAUAUGAACAGUAUAUUCUUAUAUGGUUAGGGCUGGUUUAAGACUUAACCGAUGAUACCAUCCAUCGGUUCAGAUUUAGUUGGUCGAGGUGAGGUGCUAGCGUGGAUGGAUGCAUGCAUGCCUCAGGAGUUCUGUUUAUAAAAACAAUUAUAUUAACUAUCAAUCAAUCAUUAAUAGUAAAAAGUGAAAUUAAUUAAUCAAAGAGAAUGUUACGUUAUAUCCGUUUAACCUUAAAGACUACAAAGUUCUCGUCACAUGGGAUGAGAUAGAGACAUAUAAGCUCCAUUUUCGUUUAAGUAAAUGAGAUAGAGACAUACAUAACUAUUUUUUUUAGGUUGUUUUGUUAAUGAUUUUGUUGUGGAGAUGAAACCUUUAUAACAACUGUACGAACCUAAUGUUAAUGUUAAUGAUUUUGUUGUUAAUGAUUUUGUUAAUGAUUUUAGCUCAUUGGAUUCCCUCUUCAUCUUUGGACUGACACGAACCUAAGAAACACAGGUGGUAGACUCGGUCAUGUCGAUACUCUGGAGCUUACAGAGGGGCGCAUGCUCAUAGAGGUUGAUUCACGCCGUCCACUGAAGUUCUCUAGGAAAGUGGAAUAUGAGGGAGAUGAGGUUACGAUCGAAAUAAAGUACGACAAGCUUUUCAAACAUUGUACAAUCUGUGGUUUGCUAUCUCAUGAGAAGGGAUAUUGCCCCUUAAUGGAUGUUAGAUCAUGGUUACAACAUGUGGAAAGGCCUGACGUUUUUUCCCGACUGCAGCGGGCUCAGGAUAUGCCUCGCCAAAACUGGAGUCGUGAUGCUCUGGUAAAUGCUAGACCCUCCCAGCAGUCGUCGCUGCAGAACCGGGAGCUGCAAUCUUCACGAUAUUAUACGUCUAAGCCGGUAAGGUAUGAUGAUAAGAGUACGCGAGGACAGGGGCCUCGCUACUGGGAGAACGACAGCAGUCGGGGUCGUCACUCGGAUAGGAUUAUCCGUAGCAGAGACGAUCAUUUAGGGAGGAACAGGUAUGGUAGGGCACGGGAUAAUCCUGGUCCCUAUGCGCGUCCAAACGAGAAGGCAUGGAAAGUGAAACCGAAGACGCAUGAAGUGGGAAGGGGUCAGUCUGCUGUUGAUGAGGAUGCAAUGAUUCGAGGAGCUACGUCCGGUGAGAUAGAAAUACAAAGUUUUUUCAUGCACUAACAAAACAGAGAAGAGCCAGGAAUAAAAUUACGCAACUCCAAGAUGUGAAUGGAAAUUUAGUUGAGGAUGAAGAGGGUUUAGUAGCCAUUGCUACUAGUUACUUUAGACAGAUCUUUGAAUCGUCUAACCCUGAGGACAUUGAAGAGGCGUUAGCUCAAGUUCCUACGACAAUCACUGGGGCAAUGAAUGAGAACCUUACAGCUCCGGUAACGGAAUGGGAGGUCAAAUUGGCUCUUUUUGCUAUGCAUCCAGAGAAGGCUCCAGGACCAGAUGGGAUGACUGCGCUAUUCUAUCAGAAAUUCUGGGAUAUUGUAAAGGAUGAUUUAACUCUUAUGGUUAAUAACUUCCUUAUCGAGGGAACGGUGGUGAAUGGAUUAAAUGAUACAAAUAUAUGUCUCAUCCCGAAGACGGCCAAGCCGAAUGAUAUGGCUCAAUUCCGGCCAAUAAGCUUGUGUAAUGUAAGCUAUAAAAUAAUUUCGAAGGUCUUAUGCCAGAGAUUAAAGAAAGUGCUACCAGGCUUGAUUUCAGAGACCCAGUCAGCCUUUGUUGCUGGGAGACAGAUUUCAGACAAUAUUAUGAUUGCCCAAGAAAUGUUCCACGCGCUGAGGACUAAACCAAGUGGUCGCAGUAAAAGGAUGGCUAUUAAGACGGACAUGAGCAAAGCAUAUGACAGAAUGGAGUGGUCAUUCAUUGAAGCCGUCAUGCGCAAAAUGGGUUUCUCAGAGACGUGGAUAACCUGGAUAAUGCGAUGCAUUACGUCGGUAAAGUAUAAGGUGCUUAUGAAUGGUCAACCAAGAGGAAAUAUCGUUCCUGGUAGAGGCUUAAGACAAGGAGAUCCUUUGUCUCCUUUCAUCUUUAUUCUAUGCACGGAAGCGCUCGCUAGCCUUCUUAAUCAUGCAGAGAAUCAAGGGAAGAUAUCGGGGAUGCGUGUCACACGCGCGUGCCCUUCGGUAUCUCACCUUCUCUUUGCUGAUGAUAGCCUUUUCUUCUGUAAGGCGGAGCCCCGUGAAUGUGAAGAAGUAAUGAAAGUAGUCAGGAAAUAUGGUAAAGCUUCUGGCCAAUGUAUCAACUUUGAUAAGUCGUUCUUACUCUUUGGUAAGCGGAUCAAUGCAAAUACCAGGCAAGAGAUCAAAGAUGCAAUGGGUAUACAAAACGAAGGAGGGAUGGGAACCUACUUAGGUAUCCCAGAAGAUAUAAGUGGAUCCAAAUGCAAAUUGUUUGCAUUCCUCAAGGACAAGUUAAUGCACAGGGUUAAUGGAUGGACGGGUAGGUGGCUUUCAAAAGGAGGGAAGGAAGUUCUGAUAAAAUCUAUUCUGCUAGCUCUUCCGACUUAUGUCAUGUCUACUUUCCUGCUCCCUUUAGAGAUAUGUGAAAACCUAGCUAGUGCCAUCGCACGGUUCUGGUGGAGUUCAAACCCACCAAAGAGAGGAAUUCACUGGGUGAAAUGGGAAAAAGUUUGCCUACUAAGGGAGGAAGGAGAGAUUGGGUUUCGUAUGAUCCAUGAGUUCAAUCUGGCAUUGUUGGCAAAACAACUAUGGAGGUUGGUUCAAUUCCCAGACUCAUUGGUCGGUGGGGUCUUGAAGGGGAGAUACUACAGAUUAACCUCACCGCUGAGAGUAAACUCUGCUAGCUGCCCCUCUUAUGUGUGGACUAGCAUUUCUGCUGCAAGGAAGCUGUUAUUGCUGGGAAUCAGACAGAAGGUACACUCAGGUUAUGAAGUAAAGGUGUGGGAGGAUCCGUGGAUCCCAACGAUCCCAGCGAGGCCGGAUGUCCCUGUGGCACCAGUAAUGCAUCCUAACAUGAGAGUAAGCGAUCUCAUUGAUCAGGUAGGGAAGGAGUGGGAUGUGGGAUUAUUGGAGAAUUAUGUAAAUCCCGAGGACAUACCGCUUAUAAGGAGUUUGGCCAUAAGUUCAUCUCACCGGCGCGAUACUUUUUGCUGGAGCUACACAAGGAAUGGCCAAUACUCGGUUAAAUCUGGAUAUUGGGUGGCCCAGAAUUUAUUGAAGAUGGCGGAAGCACACGAGAUAUUGGAACCGAGUAUUACCAAGCUUCAAGCCUUUGCUUGGAAGUUAAAAGCGCCUACGAAAAUAUGUCAUCUUAUUUGGCAGUUAUUGACUGGGCAUGUUGCAGUAACAAGGAAUUUAGUAAGACGUAAUAUGCGAUGUGAUAACUACUGCCCAAGAUGCGGAGAAUUGGAAGAAUCUGUCACACAUGCUAUCUUUGAAUGCCCGCCAGCGCUACAAGCUUGGACCUUAUCGGCAACCCCAACAAGCCCAGAGGUAUUUCCAUUACCAAGUGUCUACGCCAAUAUGGAGUACCUAUUCUGGAGGAAAAACUCUAUUAUUGAGCCGGAACAAGACAGAGAUCCUUUUCCCUGGAUAAUUUGGUAUAUCUGGAAAGCUAGGAAUGAUAAACUAUUCAAGGGGAUAGAUAGAGAUCCUUUAGAGUUAGUCCUCUAUGCAGAGAGUGAAUGUCAGGUCUGGUUUGAUGCGAACGAUGUGGCACAACCUAUGGUACAAGAGACUAAUAUAGCGAACCCUCAAGUCAUAAGCUUGGGUAAUAUUUGCUUGCUGGAUGGAUCUUGGACAACAUCUGCCAACUUCAGUGGACUUGGAUGGGUUUGGAUGGACAAUACGGGAAAUACACAGCUCAUGGGGAUGAAGAAUCUUCCUCGACGAGAAUCAGCCUUGCAUUCGGAAGUAGAAGCGCUACGGUGGGCAAUGGAGAAUAUGCUACAGCACUCGACAUGCCAGCGCUUUGGGACGGAUUGUAAGGAGCUGAUCGCAAUGUUAGAUGAUCCUCAUGCGUGGCCUAGCUUUGCGACGGAAUUGGAGGGAUAGAGACGCUACGGAUAUGCUUCCCGGAGUUUAGCAUCACUCAUGUUCUACGAGCGCAAAAUCAGUUUUCAGACUUUUUAGCUAAGAAUGCUAGAUCUUUCUAUAGGGAGUUACUUUUCAUUGGUUGUUCUAUUCCGGUCUGGUUACACAGACCAUCUCAAGCUUGAGUAAUAGAAUGGCCGUUCGAUGUUAAAAAAAAAAUAAUAAUAAUAACAACUGUACGAGAUAUUAAAUAGAUCGAUUCCGUAAACCCAAAGCAAACAUAUGAAUGAACUAAAUGGAGAUUAUAAUGAACAUUCAUGAUUUAGGUAUUAUUCCUGCAAAGGAGAAACCACGAUGGAUGUUGGAGCCCACAAUUCCCUACAUUAUGAAACUUUUAAGUGUUUAAUUAAAAUUUGUUUUAAAAUGACUAUGUCUGAAUCGUAUGCCGGGUAUAAAACAUUGUCUUUGGUUUUCAAAAUUUAUAUGUUAUAUAUAUGUGGAUAUAGGGCUCAAACAAUUAAUUUUUUUUACUAAAUUUCUUAAUAAAUGUUUAUAACCUUUGUAAUCUCAAUUCCGGCCUUGAUCGUGAGACCGUACUUUUUAUGACGAAAUCCAAACUAUGUAACUCUCAUUUGUAAAGUUAUUUUUUCAAAGGAUUUGAAGCUACAAUCUCUUAGAUCUACUAUGAUCUAAUAGUUUUACCUAUUAAACCUAUCGUCGUUAGCUUUCUUUGAAACUUUUUAUCUGGAAAUUAUAUAGAAGAAAAAAUUUGGUACGUUGUAAAAAUAGAGGUUAUGCAUAUAAUUAAAGGAUAAUACUAUAACAAAAUUAAAAGUUCUUAAAUUACUAAUUGUGGCCCUGAUAAGAAAAGCUCUUGCUACUAUUAUAUAUUGGACUAGGUAAUAAUCCGCGCCUUGCGCGGAAUGUGAUUAUUAGUUUCGUUAUUUUUAAUAAAAAAUAUAUUAAAUCUAUUUAAUCUGGAUAUUGGUUCGGUUUUAAGUUUUUUUUAAUCUUCUAAAAUAUAACUAUUAUUUUAAAUUAAUAUUUAUUUUAGUUUAUUCGGUUAAAAUAUUUGAUUUUUUUAGUUUUUUUCC